AUGUCAGAAUCAUUUGAUAAUGAAAUUGAAGAUCACGUCCAAGAGGACAAUUUCCAAGAUAAUGAUGUACCUGAUGAAGAGAACCAAGAGGAGGGAGAAGCUAUAAUACCCAUGGAUUCCUCGGAGGAGGAAGAAGAAACUGACGAAGAAGCAGCCAAAGAGAAGAGCCUAGAUUUAGACGACGAAGACGAAGUUUCAGAUGACGACCUUGAUCUGUUGGAGGAAAAUACUGGCAUAAAAAUUGCCAGAAGUGAGCCAAAAUUUAAGCGUCUAAAAAGAGGUCGUCAUCAAGAACAUAAACAUGACGUAUCCCGAAUAUUUGAUGAGGACGAGAUAAUGGAGGACCAAUUUGGGAAUGAGUCGGACUUCGUCGUCGACGAUUAUGAAUAUGAAGUUGAUGAUAUUGACCAGGGGGAAAGGACUCAACGAUAUACCACUAAUAAAUCAUAUUUUACCAAGGAGAUGACACCACAACAAAGAACGUGGGUCGAAGUAUUUGAAGAUUUGGAGGGAAAAUAUGCCUAUGCCUUCGAUAUUGAGGAACCAGAUGAACUUGAAUUUGCUGAAGGAAUAGAAGCUAUUUUAGAUCCAAGUGCGCUAAAACAAAUGAGAAUGACGGAAGAGGACAAAAUUAUUAAAACCAAAGAUAUACCAGAAAGAUUUCAACUUCGACCUGAUAUUGUUGCUGAAAGAAAAUUGACCGAUGAGGAAGUCGAAGAAGCCGCCAGAAUUAUUUUCGAUAAUUUUGCAGAAUAUGAUGGUCGUCGUAAAUCCACACCAUUAUUUAUUGCUAUUAAAAGAGUCAUAAAAUGUCUUGGACAGGAGUUCUUGGAGGUUCCAUAUAUUUAUGCAUAUAGACGCGAUUACCUUGCAGAAUUCCAUAAGGAUUCCUCGGUAUCGCAUGAAAUCCUUAAUCGCUCUAAUUUGUGGCAUAUUUACGAUUUGGAGUACAGAUAUAGAUUAUUUAUAGAAAAACGAGAGGCAAUACAAGGAAUGAUUUCCAAAUAUCAAAUAGAUGUUGAUAAUGAAUACAUAUUAAAUCUUCUCGAAUCCGCCUCAAGUGAAGAAGCACUUUCAGAUCUACAUGACUAUAUCCAUCAUAAAUAUUCAAGGAGGAUAGCAUCAUCAUCAGAAGUCUCUAAUACACCUCGUCGCCUAAAAAAAGCAUCAUUUUAUGAGGAAUGCUUGAAUCGAGGGAUUGACAGAUUAAAUAUGGGUAUUGAUGUGGAAUCGUUUGCUAAAAGUCUUAUUGAGGAUAAUCCGAAAAUUUAUCAUCUUACUGAACCUGAGGUUGACCCUUCGAUUGCUGAGCAGUAUUUUAAAUCUAAUCCCAGACUCGCUUUAGCAGAUGCAACCAAAAUGCUUGCUAUGGAUAUUGCAUUUGAUCCAUUAUUCAGGAAAUAUGUUCGCCAGAAUUUCAUCAGAAACAGCGUGAUUUUAGUAAAUCCUGUACAAAGUAUUAGUGAAUCCGAUCCAUCAUGGCCAUUCCGAUUUUUAAGAAAGCAUAUUAGUAAAUUUAGAAAGAGUGGGUUAUUCGCUGAAAUAAUGGCAGCAGAGCUGAAAGGUCAAAUUAAAGUCAAGGUUGUUUUAGAAAAUGAACAAAGAUUUCUUGAAUCCUUGAAAAAACGAAUCAUAAAUAAUGCCGAUGAAUCAGAAAGUCCAUGGCACAAAUAUCGCAUUGACGUCAUUCAACAUUCAUUUAAUAAUGUAUUACACCCUGUAAUGAAUCGCUGGAUUAAGUCACGCCUUACUAAAGAUGCAGAACAAUGGAUCAUGGCGAAGACUAUGGAAAACUUUGAAGAUAAAUUGUAUGUCCGUCCUUUUAAAUCUGCUAGAAUGAGUGCUGACGAAAUUCCACGAGUUGCAGCUUUAUCAUGGGGUCCUGGAGGUCAUCGUAAAACUGAAUGCGUUUUCCUUGAUGAUACUGGAAGACUUGUUGAUCAUAUAAGCUUUACCAACUUAAGAGAAAGAGAUAUGAAAGAAUAUCAUGAUUUCGUUCAAUUCAUUCGUGAAAAUAAACCUCAAGCUAUUGUAGUACGAUGUUACGAUGGACGAACCAAGUAUUUAUUAGAAACCGUACAAGAGGCUGUUGAAUAUUAUAGCAAGCGAGGUGGUGAAGAAAUUCCUGUUAUGGCAAUUAAUGAUGAAGUAGCUAAAUUAUAUAUGUUGUCUCCAAGAGCAAAAAGAGAAUUUCCUGAUUAUGACGAAGUAGCAAGAUAUUGUAUAUCUUUGGCUCGAAUGUUACAAAAUCCAAUUGGCGAAUAUGCUGCUAUUGAAGAAAAAUUACCUCGUGAAAAACUUAUUGAAUGUUUACAACGAGGGUUCAUAAAUGUUAUUACCGAUAUUGGUGUCAGUAUUAAUGAAGUUCUACAUACAAGGAAUAAAAUGGAUCUUCUUCAAUAUGUAAGUGGAUUAGGCCCGCGUAAAGCUGAAGUUUUAAUUAAAAGCAUAGUUGCCGACGGAAUUAUGGAAUUAGAAAGACGUGAUGAUUUAAUAAAAAAUGGGAUAGUAGGAAAAGUAGUUUACACAAAUUGUGCCGGUUUUAUUCGAGUUCGUCCUAAACGACCCGGUUCUUUUGAUGAUACCAGAAUUCAUCCAACAUAUUAUAUUUUGGCACGUAAAAUGGUUUGCGAUGCACUUGAUUUGGAUGAUGAGGAAGCCGAAGAAGAGAUGUACAGUAAUCGCCGUGUUGAUAUUCUUAAACGACUGAUGGCUGAGCCCGAAAAACUUAAUGAUCUUAUCUUGGAUGAUUAUGCAAAAAGUCUUUCAAAAUAUUACGAAUCUCCAUCAAAUCUUAUUUUACAUAAUAUAAAGACAGAACUGAUUAGACCUUUUGCCGAUCCGCGCCGAAAUUUUGAAAUACCAACUACUGAUCAAGUAUUUGAAAUGGAAACGGGUGAAAAUGAUGAAUCUUUAUUCCCGGGACAAAUUGUGGCUGUACAAAUAAUGCGUGUUGAUGAUAAAAUUUUAAAAUGUCGACUUACUGAACAUCAAAUAGAUGGUGUUAUUACUAUCGGUAACAUUGCUGACUAUAGAAUUACACCUCAAGAUGUUCGAUCCCAAUUUUCAGUUGAUCAACCAUUAAAGGCGAAAAUUUUAUCGAUUGAUAAGCAAAGAUUUUCUGCAAAUCUUACCAUUCGUCCAAGAGACCUAAAUAAUAACAGAAAUUUUCAACCUAAACGUAAAAAACUUGAUGAUGAUUUCGAUUAUGAAGCUGAAGCUGAAGCAAUACAGGCAUCAAAGAAAGCUAUUCCCGUUCACAUUCCUGCUCCAAGUCCGAUUAGAAUAAUUCCUCAUCCAAUGUUUCAUCAAAUGACUUACUCGGAAGCGGUCCAAUAUCUUAAAGAUAAAAGUAACGGAUCUUAUGUUGUUAGACCAUCAUCAAAAGGUUUCGGUUAUAUAGCAAUAACUUGGAAAUUAUUUGAAAAUAUAUAUCAACAUGUUGAUAUUGUUGAAAAAGACAAAGCAGGAGUUUCAGUUGGUCGCAGAUUGGAAGUUGAAGGUGGUAAAUACAUAUAUUCAGACUUGGACGAACUUAUUGUGGAAUACGUGGAACAAAAAGCGAGAAGAGCAGAAGAUCUAAUUGCUCAUGCGAAAUUUAAAUCAUCGGAAGAAAAUCUAAGUAAAUUCAUUGACAUUAGUUUGGAAAUGAAUCCAAAUCAUUCCUCAUAUGGAUUUUGCUUUGAUCAUGAAAUGCCGGGUGGAUUCUUUCUCAUGUUUAAAGUGAAUCAAUUUUCGAAUAUUGAAAAUUGGAAAGGAUAUGUUAAGCCGGAGGGAUAUAAAUUUAAAGGAGAAUUGUAUCCAACAAUAAUUGAUAUGUUAUUAAAUGACCCGCCAGAGACACUAAAUCAUACUACGCCUGAAAUUUCCAAUUGUGUGGGUGCAAACUUCAAGUGGCCUAAUUCAACGAAUGAUCUUAACAAAGAAACUGCUUUCCUUUAUAUAGCAGAUGAUAGUGCUUUAGAAUUCGAUGAUGAAACAGGGCGCCGUGAAGAUCUUAUAAAAUCAGCAGUUGAGGUUCAAGUUAGAAUGUUGGGGACAACUGAAUCUGUUAUAAUUAAUUAUAAUUUUCGUGAUCCUGUCGAGAAAAAUAAAUUAUAUAAAUCUAUCAUUGAUUCAGGAGCAGCAGAGACUGCUCUUCCCUACUAUGUCCGUAGCGUACUUGGAAAAAAAGGGGUUUUCCCUUCUCUGGUUUUGCCAAAGGAUAUGGAGAACCUUCUCAUGUUUUUUUUUGCAUCAACGACAUACGAGAUUUCAAUUGGCGAUGACAAGAAUUGGAGUAAAUGA